ACUAGUCGCGGUUAAAAUCUCCGACUCCGCCGACUCUCCACUAUUGCUUGUUGAUCAACAAGUUCACCAGUCCGAGUGUUCAAGGCAGACUGAGUAAUCAUAGUCGCAAGAAGCACACAAGCGACCAUAUAUCCAAUAUGCAUAUAUGUGCAAUUGGAAUGCAGCUCAUGAGAGGAGUAAGUUUUGGAACGAUGUUCAAACCAGCCGAGUACUCUGCAAACGACAAACUAGCGCGUCGCGAGACUAGCGACUUUAUACAGGAGUAUUCCAAUGAGAUUGGUCAGAUGUCAGGAAGAUGCCUUGAUAUCGGAUGCGGACCCUGCGACCUAGUCGUCGAUUCUCUCCUUCCGGUACUGAAUCCAAAGGCUACCGUUGUCUGCUCGGACAUUUCAAAGCCCAUGUUGGACUACGCAAAGGAAAAAUACGGCGCCAACGAUCGGCUAUCCUUUCUCCAGCUGGACAUCGAGUCUCCGACGCUGGCCGAAGAUCUAGUUGAACAAUUCGAUCACGUUACGUCGUUCUAUUGUUUACACUGGUGCGAAGACAUGCGCCAAGCCUUCGAGAACAUCUUUGAACUGCUACGUCCUGGAGGUUCGGGCUUCUUGACCUUUGUGAGCGAUUUUCCUUGCAUGGACGCGUACAAGGUGUUGGCGGCUAUCCCUCGAUACCAGCGUUACAUGACGGAUGCGGACCGUUUCAUUCCAGUAUUUCAGCACGCUAAACGUCCGCGCGAGUCUCUGAAAAUGCUGCUCGAAAAGGUCGGCUUUGAGGUCUGUCACUGCAGUAGCAGAGAAAAAGUUUACAUUUACGAAACCCCGGAUGCUUUCGCCGAAUUCAUGGCAUGCGUGAACCCCUUUGUACACCGCAUGCCGGCUGAUCUACAGCAGGAGUACAGAAUAGAUCUGGACAUAGAAGCAAGAAAGCACACAUUCAUCGUCAACAAGGAUAGGAAUGACGAUUAUAGCAUACUGUCCAGACGCCAUACCUUUGUAGUUUACUUGAAAAAGCCAUUGGUCCACUGAUAGACAGCCAAAUAAUUAAUAAAAGUCGAUGUAUCAAUCAUCGUUCGUGUUCUGAAUGGUUUACGUGUCCUGUUAACCACGUCUUUUUUUUUUUCGAUACAUUGAGAAGAACGUGCGUUAUAUGGUGAAUCUGCAAAUGAAAUAAAGACUUGAAAAGUUGAUCAGCAAAGCUGAUCUCGUACUGUAGCAACAACGUUUUCUCAAGGACCUAUUCACUAACCGCAGAUAAGGUGACAAGCGAUUACAAAAUUUCACACCAUUCUCAAUAAUUUUACUCGACUUCGGAAACGGUUUGAAGCGAUUUCAGAUGAUUUUAAUAUCAAGGAUAUUCAGUGGUUACGAAGAACUUCUACCGCGAUUUCAAACGAUUUCAAGUGAUUACCGGUUGAAUUCGAAUUGAUUUGUGCUUGGGUUCAACUUUGUUGUAAGCCUGAGUAUAAAUGUAUAAUGUGUUUCUUGUAAUUAUUAAAAUAUCACACUGUAA